AAUAUCUACAUGGUUGGGAGCGGGUCGUUACAAAUGGUAUCAGAGCCGAUCCCCGACCCCGGUGUGGGGGUUUGUUUGGCUUUGUCUGUUUGGCCCCGCAAUCCCAUGGGACACAACGAGGACGUUGUGUCUGCAUGGGGGGGUGUUUGUGAUGUCCCACAUCGGAUAGGGGAGAAUGUUCCUGGCGCUAUAUAUGUAGAGGCUCCUCUUAACCAAGUAGACGCGUUUUAAAGCCGUGAGGGCCCCCUUGGGCCCAAAGCGGACAAUAUCUACAUGGUUGGGUGCGGGUCGUUACAAUACCUCUCAUAAUAUAUUUUCUGUGAACCCAUCCAUUACCACAUCAUGGUUUGCCUUAGGGGAAGAUAUAUACUUCAACAACAUAAACCUUGGUUAUGGUGACUCUUCAUCUCAAUGAGACUAAGGUCAAGUUGCAACACCUGUAACAGAAGAAACAGGCCUGCUGUACUAGUUGUAACUUAAAUAUUUGAAACUUAGACUUCACUUUAAACCACAGGGUUCCAUGACUGCAUGUGUCAUGGCUGGAGCUCAUUGUCAUGGGAGUUCUAUUAUCGUUGUUCACAGAACCAUGUUCCAUUUGACUUUUCGUUUAUUUACUGGAAACUUGUUGCUGUCAGGUAAUCUGUAGCAAAAUAUGUCAUUGCUGGAUCCUGAACUAUAGUUCAUGAGUUCAUUGGUAGUGGAAGUUUUCUUCAUGAUGCUUCAUUUGUUCUCUGUGAAUCUGUCUGCCCAUGUAUGUCAAGAAACAAAGCAUCUCAUGCUACUAAAGCUAAAUUUCUAUUUGUUUACAUAAGAGAGGUAAUGUCAAAGGAUCAACGGCCUCCAGUAGCUGGUCCGGUGUUCAGUCAACUUAUACACUUCAGUAAACUCUUUGAUUAUCAAGCAUCUCUUGCCCAGAAGUACAUUACUUACCGUAUGAUCCUGCCAUCACAUAGUGAAAUUUACACUGCUGAUCCAGUUAAUGUUGAAUAUAUACUCAAAACAAACUUCAUCAAUUAUGGCAAGGGGGAGUAUCAUUGUGACAUAAUGAAAGAUCUGUUUGGGGAUGGAAUUUUUGCAGUGGAUGGAGAAAAAUGGCGCCACCAGCGGAAGCUUGCAAGUUAUGAAUUCUCAACGAAAGUUUUGCGAGAUUUCAGUACUUCUGUUUUUCAAGAUAAUGCUGCAAAAUUGGUUUUGAAGGUUUCUAUGGUGGCUGCAGCUAAGCAAAUGAUGGAUUUGCAGGAUAUGUUGAUGAAAUCAACUUUGGACUCGAUUUUUAAGGUGGGAUUUGGGGUUGACCUGAAUUCUCUAUCUGGCUCAGAUGUUUUCGGAAAUCAAUUCAUCAAAGCCUUUGAUGAUUCUAAUGUCAUUGUGUAUUGGAGAUAUGUUGAUCUAUUAUGGAGGAUUAAGAGGUUCCUUAAUUUAGGCUUGGAAGCUGCUCUUAAGCAUAACAUCAAAGUCAUUGACAGUUUUAUUUUUGAAUUAAUUAGAUGCAAGAGGGAGCAGAUGAAGAAUAAAGAGCUUGAUAGAGGAAAAGAGGAUAUAUUAUCAAGGUUUCUGCUGGAGAGUAAGAAGGAUCCAAAGAAAAUGAAUGAUCGAUAUUUGAGAGAUAUAAUUCUCAGUUUCGUCAUUGCUGGUAAGGACACAUCUGCUGACACGCUUACUUGGUUCUUUUACUUGCUCUGCAAGCAUCCUCUGGUUCAAGAAAAGGUUGUGCUGGAGGUGAGAGAAGCAACUAAAGCUCAGAUUAACAUACCUGCUGAUGAGUUUGCCAAGAAGAUAACAGAAAAAUCCCUCGACAAGAUGCAGUAUCUUCAUGCAGCGUUAACUGAGACUCUCAGACUCUACCCAGCAGUUCCUAUGGAUGGAAAGCAUUCAGAAGAAGAUGAUAUUCUUCCUGAUGGCUUCAAAGUAAAGAAAGGAGAUGGUAUGUGCUACAUGGCUUAUGCCAUGGGGAGAAUGAGAUGCAUUUGGGGUGAGGAUGCGGGGGAGUUUCGACCUGAAAGAUGGCUUGAGAAUGGUGUUUUCCAACCUGAAAGUCCUUUUAAAUUCACUGCUUUUCAGGCUGGUCCUCGGAUUUGCUUGGGAAAGGAAUUUGCUUAUAGGCAACUGAAGAUCUUGGCUGCUGUUCUUGUCUACUUUUUUAAAUUCAAACUUGUGGAUGAGAGGAAGGAGGCCAGGUAUCGAACCAUGUUCACCCUUCACAUGGAUCAAGGUCUCCAUCUAUAUGCAUUUCCUAGACUGUAAAUCACAAAAAUGCAAAUCUUCUUCCAUGGUAUAGUCAUAUACCAUGGAGUGUCAUUUUCUUGGGAGAAUGUCUACUUUGAAAAAUCAUAGUUGAAGUGGUUGAAAAGUUAAGGGUGGGUCGAACAUCUGGAAAUUGAGAAGUGUGAACAUCUUCAUUUUGAAACUCAAAUUUUAUUUUAUUAUCUCAA